AUGUUGGAGGGUGUGGUUGCUAACCUUCUUAACCGGUUCCUGGGAAUAUACGUCAAGAAUUUCGAUGCGACCCAACUCAACAUCGGAAUCUGGUCAGGCGAUGUCAAGCUCCGGAACCUUGAACUGCGUCGCGAAGCGCUCGAUCAGCUACGCCUCCCUCUGAACGUCGUCGAAGGCCAUCUCGGAGAGCUCACACUAUCUAUCCCAUGGUCAAAUCUACGAGGCAAACCGGUGAAAGUCGACAUUGAAGAUGUCUUCCUGCUCGCGGCACCCAGAGAAGAUGCGGAUUACGACCCGGAGGAGGAAGAAAAAAGAGCGAAUGCGCUGAAGAUGGAACGGAUUGAGAGCGCCGAGCUUCUGCGCGAGCGCAAUGCGGAAGGCAUGAGCCAAGAGGAACAGCGCCGGAAUCAAAGCUUCACACAAAGUAUGAUCACGGCCGUGGUGGACAACCUGCAGAUUUCGAUCAAGAAUGUGCAUUUCCGCUACGAAGACUCUAUCGCAUCACCGGGGCAUCCGUUUGCCGUUGGCGUGACACUCAAGGAAUUGAGUGCUGUCAGCACAGACGGGGAAUGGAAUCCAACUUUCAUCCAAUCCGACUCCAGUGUCACGCAUAAACUGGCCGUCCUCGGUGCUCUCUCGGCUUAUUGGAAUACGGACGCCACCCUGCUCGGAACCGGGCGAGGCUCUGAUAUAGGCGCAGACGCACAGGGAAUCGGCCGUGCGGAGUUGAUGGAAAAACUGAAAACUGCGAUUGAUGCAGACGAAGGAAACCAAUUCAUGCUGCGCCCCGUUAGUGGCCGUGCUGGACUGGAGAUGGAUAAGUCAGGCACAUAUGAUCGACCCGCAAUCAAAGCACGGUUGCUCUUCGAUGAGCUCGGCUUCGUCCUUGAUGACAAACAAUAUCGCGACGCGUUGAUGCUGGUGGAUCUGUUCCAUUAUUUCAUUCGCCAUCAGGAAUAUAAGAAAAUCCAGCCUAAGUCCUCACCAAAGGAAGACCCCCGGGCAUGGAUGAGGUUCGCAGGAGAAGCCGUUCUUAGCAAGAUCCAUGAACGCAACAGACGCUGGACUUGGGGCUAUAUCAAGGAGCGCAGAGAUGACCGCAUCGCGUACAUUGCCUUGUUCAAGAAAACGAAGAAGGAGGAAGUUUUCACGCCCGAAGAAACCAAGGAAUUGCAGAGACUGGAAGCAAAACUUAGCUAUGAAGAUAUUCGAUUCUGGCGCUCACUUGCAAGGAACCAGUUACGAAAAGAAAAUGUCGGGGUCAAAAAGCCCGCAGAACAACAAUCAUGGUCUUCCUGGCUCUGGGGCGCUAAGAAAGAGGAGUCCGAAGAGACCACCAUGACCGAAGAACAACGACAAGAGUUGUAUAACGCCAUUGACUGGGAUGAAAAGAAAGCAAUCAGCGAGAGUGUAGAUGUGCCCCGGGAAUGGGUUAAGCUUCAGGUCAAUUGGAGUCUUCGAGCUGGUAGCUUCACUCUAAUCCAGGACCCUCACGGGUCGGCAAAUGAGGUCAUGAAGCUAGUGUUUGACAAUUUCCGAGCCAAAGCACUUCAACGCCAUGAUUCCUAUCUCCUUGAUCUUGAUCUUGGAGGGCUAAAGAUGUAUGAUGGCACUACUGCUGGCACUCUUUAUCCCCAGAUCGUCAAGGUUCAAGAACUAACCGAUGACGAUGAUGAUCUUGCCUCCCAAACCAGCGCAGAUGAUCUUCAGGAUGAGGACAGCCUGUUUCAUCUGCAGCUGGAGAAGAACCCUCUCGAAAGUGAUGCAGAUACAGCGGUCAAGGUCAAACUAAAGAGUAUUGAGGUCAUUUACAACCCUCGAUUCCUCGUGGGAAUUGUCCAGUUCUUUGAGCCACCCGAGCGACACAUGGAGUCAAUUGGUGCUCUCUUGGACACCGCAGGUGCGACCGUUGAGGGACUGCGCCAGCAAACCCGGGCCGGCCUCGAGUUUGCCUUGCAAGAACACAAGAAGGUCGAUGCACAAUUCGAUAUUCACGCACCCUUGAUCAUUGUCCCAGAAAGUAUCACACAACCAAGUUCACUUUGCUUAAUUGUCGACGCCGGUCAUGCCAGUGUCAACAGCGAGUUGGUGGACCGCCAAGCGAUGCGAGAUCUCCAGUCCAAGCAGAAACGACAGUAUGAGGAGGAAGAUUACAAACAACUAGAGCAUCUGUUGUACGAUCGCUUCCUCAUCAAACUAGAUUCUACCCAAGUCCUCAUCGGACCUGGUGUUGAAGCAACAAAAGCACAGCUCAACACCAAUGUUGAGUCUAGGAACUUCCACAUCAUCGACCGCAUCAAUGUCGACUUUGCCCUGGAGAUGUGUAUCGUACCGCACGUGACACAGCUUACCCGAACACGCAUCUCUGGACAUCUGCCAGAGCUUCAUGCAUCAAUGUCAGACACCAAAUAUAAGGGCCUGAUGAAAUUGAUUGAUAUUGCAAUCCCGCAAUUCGACACGGAAAAGUCUGUCUCUGAUCCAGUCAGUGCAGCAGCAGCCAAGGAAGAAGCAGCCAUAGCCACACGAGCCAGAUCAGCAUCCUUCCAACCAUCAGUCCAACGUGACCUUCCCGUUGUUGACGACGAAGAGGAAGAGUCUGAAGUAGACAGCGAACAGGCGAAGAAGAGUGUGGAUACACCGACCAAUAUCCAUCGCCGAGACUUCGAAUUUAAAUUCACUGUUGGGCGUCUUCGUGGCUCACUCUUCCGUGCUGACCCCCAUGACCCACAGCGGGAUAAGUUGCUGGUUGAACUGGUUGCUGAAGGAUUUGCACUGGACUUUUACAUGCGUCCCUAUGACAUGGUCGCUGAGGUCAUUUUGAAGUCCUUGAGCGUGGAUGAUUACAUCGAGGAGAAUCCGGUUCCUGAAUUCAAGAGAAUCAUCUCUUCUAAAGGGUUUGAUGCUGACGAAGACAAGGACUUGUUCCAGCUGAAGAUGGUACGGGUCAAACCCGAGUCCCCCGAGUUAGACUCAACUUAUGAAGGGGUUGCUAUGAACCUUGACAUAUCAGUCUCGACUAUCAAUCUGGUCGUGACAAGGAAAACACUGCUCACGCUUCUGGACUUUAUCCUCAUUACAUUCACAAAUCCUCAACAACCGACUGAGCCCAACCCAGAAACAGACAAGGCCAUUGAAGGAACACCCAGUGUGGAAGAAAAGCCCGAGCAAGCCGGAAAGAUUCGCAUUAGGGCUAAUCUUAAGAGUAUUGCUCUCAUCCUCAACAAUGAUGGAGUCCGGUUGGCAACCUUGAGUUUGAACACUGCCGAUGUUGGUAUUUUCCUCGUGGGCAGCUCAAUGCUCAUUCAGUCUCGGAUAGGCAGCCUGACUCUGGUUGACGAUGUCAACCUGGGUGCCGCGGAGGACUCUGAUAUCAGACGCCUUUUGACCAUCGAGGGAGAUAACUUCGCAGACUUCAAGUACGAGACCUUCGAUCCCGAGAGUGACACAUACCCCGGCUAUGAUUCUGAGGUUUAUCUACGGUCUGGUUCAAUCAAGAUCAAUUUCCUGGAGGAGCCUUACCGAAAGAUUAUCAACUUCCUUGUGAAGUUUGGCAAGAUGCAAGCCAUUUUCAACGCAGCUCGCCAAGCCGCUGCCAGUCAGGCAAACCAGCUUCAGGAGAAUGCUUCACGUGUGCGGCUUGACAUUAUCGUGAAGACGCCCAUUGUAGUGUUCCCACGCGUUAUGACGGAUGAUCGCCCUCGAGACACAAUCACUGCUCACCUCGGUGAAAUCUACGCUAAAAAUGAAUUCGUCCCCAUGGAAGAAGCAAAGGACAGCCCUGCUGUCAACGUCAUCUCCACUGGUGUCCGCAAUAUUCGCCUUACGUCCAAGUUCCAUUUCGAAGAUGGCACAUCCGAGGAGCUGGAGAUGAUCCAGAAGGUGAACUUGGAAUUUAGCAUCUGCUAUCUGGAGCAUCAAGCAAACAAUCCACGUCCGGACAUGGAAAUCGAGGGUUCUUUAUCUCCCAUUAACCUUCGUAUCUCCCAGAGUCAACUCAAGUUCUUGCUGGAGCUGUCAAAGUCGAUACCGGGCGCAUUCGCUACAGAUUCAGAACAGCAAGAGCUCGAGGCCAUGGAGUCUUUGCCUUCAUCGGUAACUGAACCUACAAGGGAGGCCACUUCAAAGGCCGUUCAGGCACAAAAUCGCCCGGGAGGAACACCAGCGGAUGACAGCGAAAACAAAGAGACUUGGGUACGACUUGAUAUGAUCUUCAAGGUUGACAGUGUCGGCUUGGAGCUUAUCCUAGCAAACGACGACCAGCCCGUCGGUCGCAUAGAGGACUCGAGUCUGUCCAAGUUCUCUCUCAAUGAUACUCGAGUCAAGCUGCGUAUGUUGACAGAUGGCUCAUUAGAGUCAGAGCUCCUCAUUCAUUCGUUCUCGAUCCGUGAUAGUCGCAAGCAGGAUUCGAACAAGUUCAGAAAUAUCAUGUCUUUGAUCAAUAACGAUGUCCAGCAGCAGUUCAUGGCUAGCAUCUCCAUGUCUGGAGGCCCAGAGAAGCAUCUCAUUGCGAUGCUGACUAUUGAUAGCCCUCGCAUUAUGUUUGCUUUGGAUUAUCUGUCGGCUUUACAGUCAUUUAGCCAGUCUGCAUUUGCCUCCCAAGAACCAGUAGAGGCGGCGGAAGAGGAGAGCGAAUCACCUGAGGAAUCUGAAUCAGGGUCCGAUACUGCAGCAAUUUCCGAUAAGGCUAUAACCGAGGCUUCCUCGGGCGAUACUACAGCACCAGCCAUGACCGUAUCAUUCCGGGCGAACCUUGUCGAUGCUCAAGUGAUCAUGGUGGCCAACCCUGCCAUUCCUCACUCCGAAGCUAUCGUCCUUGGUACUAAGGAAGUUCUCAUCUCCCACCAAAAUGUGUCGACUCUGCAGAUCCAAAAGGUGGGCAUGUUCCUGUGCCGCAUGGAUAAGUUUGAGACGUCUCGACUCCGCAUUCUGGAUGAUUUCACACUUGAGAUGUCCAUUGAUAGCCGAUCGCAAGAUAAGGGAUCUGCUUUGACCUCCAUUGAGGUGCACCUUGAGCCUCUUGUUCUUCGCUUGUCUCUACGUGAUAUCCUGAUGGCAAUACAGAUUGUCAACAAAGCCUCUGAAAUGAGGGCUCAGAAUGGCCAGCAGAUCGAGAGCGGAGAGGCGAAGAAAAUCACGGACAUGAAAACAACCAGAGGGCGCUCUGCCAGUAAGACGUCCUCUACUAUUGCUAAGAGAGCCCGCCGCCUGAGUCAAGGCGUUGCAAACCUGGAUAGGACAACUGCGCCACAAAGUACAGUUGUUCUCAAGCGCGAAGAGAUGUCUGCCAAGAUUGACGGAGUUAGAGUCAUUCUUAUUGGCGACCUACACGAUCUACCUUUGCUCGAUUGGAGUGUCAAGAAAUUCAACGUUGAUGUGCGGGACUGGUCAUCCACACUGAAUGCCGAUACCAACUUCGAAACGUUCUUGAACGUGUACAACUUCUCGAAGUCAGCCUGGGAGCCGUUGAUUGAGCCCUGGCAGCUGGGAUUCCACAUGGCCAAGGAGAUCAACCCGGAUGUUUUCUCUUUCGACGUGUAUUCGCACAAGACAAUGGAGCUUACAAUCACAUCCGCCACGAUUGCACUCGCAUCCAAAUCCUUCCAGUUCCUCUCUACAUCUCAAGAUGUCCUUUCCAAGCCAAGAGGCGCUGAUGCCCCAUACAGAAUCCGCAACUACACUGGAUUUGACCUCAGAGUUUGGGCUGACGUUAGCGCAGGAGGGGAAGGUCCAGCGGCGAAACUUACUGAUGGCGAAGAAUCGCCCUGGCGAUUUGAAGAUUCCACCGCUGUCCGUGAAACGCUGACACCAGAAGGCCACGGCGGAGUGGUCGGUGUCAAGUUGGAAGGCAGUGGCUUUGAUAGCAUCAGCCGCAUUCCUGUCGUUCGCGAGGGCGAGACUAUCUAUGCCCUGAAGCCGAAGCAAGAAAAUGUUCUUCACCGGCUACUCGUGGAAGUCAAACUUGGACCAGAUAAUGUGAAGUACAUCACAUUCCGUUCGCCACUUCUUAUCGAGAACAACACCCAAAUUCCCGUGGAGCUGGGCGUUUUCAGUCCUGGAGAUGGCCAUUUGUUGAAGAUCGAGAAGAUUUUGCCCGGCGAUGCACGACCAGCACCCGUUGGAUCAGCAUAUCUCCAUUCUAUUGUUGUUCGUCCCGAUCAGGGCUUCGGAUAUGACUGGUCAGAUGAGCGACUGUUCUGGAAGGACCUCAUUAAGCGACCUACACGUACUGUCAAGUGCGUUAGCGAAAGCGGACAGCAGGCCCCUCCUUUCUAUUUCCAAGUCAAUGCAACGUUUGAUAGCAAGGAUUCGCUUACGAGCGUGUAUCCCUACAUGAGAGUCCGAAUCUUUGCUCCUGUGGAGAUUCAGAACUUGUUGCCCUAUGAUUUCAAGUACCGCAUCUACGACAAGAACACCAAGAAGGAUUGGACGAACUUCUUGAGGAAGGGCGGCGUCAGCCCGGUCCACGUCGUGGAGCUGUCCCAUCUUCUGUUGCUUAGCAUUGAUCUACAAGAUACGGUCUUCCGCCAGAGCGAGUUUGCUAUCGUCAAUGGCAAUGCUCAAGACUACCGCAGAGAGCAUACCUUGUCGCUUAAGGAUGAACGAGGUCUUCAACUGAAGUUACAGCUUCAUUACUUCAAUAUUCCCAACAGCGGUGGUGCUUUCAAGGUUUCUGUGUACAGCCCGUACCUUAUUCUGAACAAGACUGGCCUUCCGAUGGACAUCCAAAGCAAGGCAUUCCUUCAGUCUGCGAGAAAUGCUGCUGGCCAAGGACUCAGAGCAGAUCCAAGAGACGAGGGCCGUGCACUCCCAUACAUGUACUCUUAUGCCAACGAGGAUCAACGAAACCGAUCGAUCCUGAAGGUGAGCGAUUCUGCAUGGAGCAAGCCGCAGAGUUUUGAGGCUAUUGGUAGUACCUUUGAGGUCAUCUUCCCCGAUCGCCAAGGCAGAUCUGAGUUCCACUCUGGAGUCUCUGUUGCCGAAGGUGAGGGCAAAUACAAACUGACCAAGGUGGUCACACUUGCUCCACGUUUCAUCCUAAAGAGCAAGCUCAAUGAAGAUCUUCUCGUGCGCGAGCCAGGAUCGUCCAAUGUACUCCAGCUCCAGAAUGGGGAGUUGGUACCGCUCCAUUUCCUUCGUCAAGUCCAAGAGAAACAGCUGUGUCUCUGCUUCCCGGGCGUUAACAACCAAUGGUCUUCGCCGUUCAGCAUCGCAGAUGUUGGAACUGUGCAUAUCAAAUUGGCCAAGGCGAAUCAGCGGCAGAAGCUGAUUAAGGUUGAUAUCAUCAUGGAAGGAGCAACUCUUUUCUUGCACUUCAGCAUCGAGUCUCGCAAUUGGCCGUUCUCUAUGCGCAACGAAAGUGAUAUGGAGUUCAUUUUCUACCAAGCCAAUCCAAACGUGGAAGAUGAUGACGAAGACGACCAAACCAGCGGCUGGAGGCCAAUCCGGUAUCGAAUUCCCGCCCGGAGUAUCAUGCCAUAUGCAUGGGACUACCCGGCGACCAAGAACAAGUCACUUGUAUUGACCUGCCAAGGCAAAGAGCGCCACAUCAAGCUUGCUGAGAUAGGAAACCUCAUUCCAAUGCGGAUUCCGCCUUCGCAGGCUGGCGGAUACCAGAAGAUCAUUGACAUCAACAUUGCUGCUGAUGGCCCUACUCAGACUCUCGUGUUGUCCAAUUUCAAAGCGUCGAAGAGUAUGUACAAGCAACAAAGAGGACAAUCCUCCCAGACCGGCACGAACACUGGGUUCGAAAUCAAGGAAAUGAACUCAGACGUCAACUUCAAAGCCCAACUUCGCCUAGGUGGCAUUGGAAUCUCAUUGAUCAACCAGAACUUGAAGGAACUGCUGUAUCUCACAUUCCGCGAGAUUGAGAUCAAGUUCAGGGAGUCGAGAUUGUAUCAGACUCUGAACACUACGAUCAAGUGGAUCCAGAUCGAUAACCAACUCUACGGUGGGAUUUUCCCCAUCUUGCUUUACCCCAGUGUUGUUCCGAAGACUGGCAAGGAGAUGGAAGCACACCCUAUCUUCCAUGCAAUGGUUACACGGGUCAAGGACGACUCGUACGGUGUUCUCUAUAUCAAGUAUGCGACCUUGCUAUUGCAGCAAAUGACACUUGAAUUGGAUGAGGACUUUGUCUUUGCUAUGCUUGACUUUGUUAAGAUCCCGGGUGCUUCCUGGGCCGAGGAACAAGAGGGCAAACUGUGUGACGAAGACCUCAACAUUCCCGAGCCGCAACAGACAGACAAUGGUCAGGAUGUGUACUUCGAGCUCCUUCAUCUCCAGCCCAUGCAGAUGGAUAUUUCUUUCAUGCGCACUGAGCGUGUCAAUGUGGAAGAUGAAAUGCAGCCCUCUAACCCAUUGAUGUUCUUUGUCAACGUCAUGACAAUGUCGAUGGGUAAUGUCAAUGAUGCACCUGUCCGACUCAACGCUCUGAUGCUUGAGAACGCCCGUGUCUCUUUCCCUAGCCUGGUCGGCAAUGUCCGUGCCCACUACACUCAAGAGUUCCUGCGCCAGAUCCACAUCAUCCUCGGUUCGGCCGAUUUCUUGGGUAACCCUGUCGGUUUGUUCAACAAUGUCAGCUCUGGUGUCGCCGCCAUCUUCUAUGAGCCAUACCAGGGUCUGGUCAUGACUGACCGUCCCCAAGAGCUGGGUAUUGGUAUCGCAAAGGGUGCCACAAGCUUCGUCAAGAAAUCUGUCUUCGGUUUCUCGGACAGUAUGGCCAAGCUCACUGGAAGUAUGUCCAAGGGUCUCGCCGCCGCUACUCUUGAUAAGGAAUUCCAAACCCAGCGCCGGAUGUCCAAGGUGCGCAACCGCCCCAAGCACGCUCUGUAUGGAAUCACAGCCGGUGGCAAUGCAUUUGCAACUAGUCUAGCAAGCGGUAUCGGUGGUUUAGCCCGUCAUCCACUGCAAGGUGCCGAGAAAGAAGGUAUCCAAGGAUUCUUCAAGGGUGUUGGAAAGGGUGUUCUUGGGUUGGCUACCAAGCCAGCAAUUGGUGCAUUCGAUCUUGCCUCCAAUCUGGCAGAAGGUGUUCGCAACACCACUACCGUUUUCGAUGCCGAAGGUCUCGACCGUGUCCGGCUCACUCGCUUCAUUGGCACCGAUGGCAUCGUGCGCCCGUACUCGCAACGCGAAGCUCUCGGGCAGUUCUGGCUGAAGACCACGGACGACGGUAAAUACUUCAACGAAGACUACAUUGCCCACCUAGAGCUUCCUGGUCGAGACAUGCUGGUCUUGUUGACGUACGCACGCAUCAUGUUGGUUCGCACAAAGAAGCUGUCUAAUGAGUGGGAUAUCCGUCUCACGGAUAUCCAGACAAUCUCCAAGGAGCGCACGGGAAUGAGUAUCACACUCAAGGGUGGUGCCAACGGACCAUUCAUUCCUGUUCAAGACGAAAGCUCACGGAACUGGCUGUAUAGACAGAUUGCUAUUGCUGUCAAUGCUUUCAAUGAGAAGUAUAAUGCCAGGGGAUAG